AUGAAAAGUAAUAACAACAAUACUUUACCAAACUAUAAACUUGAUACUACUAAUAUUCCUUCUGAAGGGUUUCGUUCUUCACCUUCAACUCCUGUAUCUACUUCAAUACCCCUUAAAAAGAAAUCAAAUAAUUCUAAAACUUCAAAUUCAAAACAAUCACAGGAUUAUCCUUUAGGUAACAUUCCAACACCUCCGGCCUUAAAAAGGUUUUGUUUUGAUUUAAAUGGUCAACCUGCUUACAUUCGUGAACAUGAAGACGCUGAACAACAAGUGUUAAAGCUUCAAGAGGCUUUGCAUAAUAUGCGAGCAUCUGGUCCAACAACUACUACAUCUGAGACUGCUACUUAUCAUUCUUUUGAUGACGACAAUCUUACUGGUGCAAAACAUUCAGAAAGUGGUGCUCCAACAUUUGAUUCACUACCACAUUCAAUGAAAUCUUAUAUGCUUUUUCAAUUAUUAAGGCGUUGCCCCACUAAUACUCUUCAAUAUGUUAGUAAUAUAAUUUUACCGACAUUAAGAAAAGAUUUCCUUGGUACUUUACCACUAGAACUAAGUCUGCACAUUGUAAGAUACUUGGAUGCAUCGAGUAUGUGUAAAGCAGCUCAAGUUAAUAAACAAUGGAGGGAUGUUGUAGAUGGCGAUGGGUUUACUUGGAAAAGAUGUUUGUUGUCUGAUGGUUUCAGUCUUGAUGAUUCAGAAGAAGCACGUGCUAUCUCAGAAGAUUGGGGAUUUACAAGUUCAAUAACAUCACCAUUAAAUCGAAAUAAUUAUAAUAGUAUUGAUGAUGAUAAUGGGUGCUCAAGAGAAGUAGACAAUUCAUCUUCUGAAGAAAGGGCAAUUGUAAAAAUUGACGAGAAUGAUAAUACUGAAAUUAUGAGAAUCAUUAAUGUCACUAACGGAAUUAAAUCUGAAGAGGAAGAUAAUGAUAACGGCGAUGAUGUAAAUUUACAAGAUGCUUAUACACUUUCACCAACAGGUACAGAGGUCCAACCAUCAUCUAUUCCUAAUGGUAAUAAUAGUACGAACAAUAGUGAUAGUGAUAAUUUAUUACGUACAGAGGAAACUUUUUCAAUUCAAAAUAAAGGUAAAGGUCGAGCAGACGUUGGAUGGGAUUCGCAUCCAUAUAAAGAGAUCUACCGUCGACACUAUCUCACACGAAAAAAUUGGUCUAAUGGUCAACAUAAACAUAUCUCCUUUCAAGGUCAUGGUAAUAAUGUUGUAACUUGUUUACAAUUUGAUUCUGAAAAAAUCAUUUCAGGAUCAGAUGACCAAUGUAUAAAUGUUUAUGAUACAGUUAGCGGUAGAAUGAUCAAUAGACUUGAAGGUCAUGAGGUUUGGAGUCUUGAAGACGGCACAAAUAUUUGGACAUUAGAAGGACAUUCGUCUCUUGUUGGUUUACUCGAUCUUUCCCAUGAUUAUCUUGUUUCGGCAGCAGCAGAUUCGAGUCUUCGUAUAUGGAACCCUGACAACGAAGAAGACAAAAAUACGCCAAAUGCCAGUUGUACUGAUGAAGACGGUAAUUGGAUUUCUAAAAGAAUAGUUGUAGGGUAA